AUGUUUGAGAGACACGCCGCAGACCACUACCGCCUGCGCCUGCACCGCGCUCGCUCCACCGUGCUCACGCCGGACGAAAUGGUCGAAGUACGCGCCGCCCAACGCACGUUCGAAGGAGCCUACAUCCGCACCGCGCUGUCGGCAUUCUCAUUCGCGCUCAUCGUGCUCAAAGUGUUUACGGCUGAGUUCUACGGCAUCGGUGCGCUGUUCGCCGUGUACGGCACCGGGGUGUUGCUGAUAAGCAACUUCCGUCGCCAGCAGGGCAAUCGACAGUUCUUCUCGGAGAUAGGGGAAGACGGGCUGCAUCGUCGCAAGUUCCGUACCAGCGGGAAUGCAGUUGUGUUUCUGACGGCGUUGAGUGUUGCGGCUUAUGCGAGUCUGAUUGGGCUUACGCUGAAGCUUGUCUCGUUUACCACUCGGGCUGUGCAGCUAGCUGAUCACCGAAGCAGAUUUGCCUGGAUGUUCAACUGCUCUCCUCUCCGCCAAGAUGGGCGGAACAAGCAGGCAGAGCACGGCCAAGCCAUUCCGUACCGCCCUGUUAUGCUCGUCCUGCUUGGCUGUUACUCAUUCGCGGCGGAAUGUUGCACAUGGCUUGGCGCGCUGAAAGAAGACUGGACUAUGGGCGUAUUUGUGAGCGCGCAAGGGAUGUGGGCAGCCAGCGAGGACUAUAUCAAAAUCGAUCUGCCUAGACUUGACCGCUCCUUGGCGUGGGAUCGGCGCCUCGUGUAUCCAUAG